UUUUCAGAUCAAACACCAUGCUGUCCUGAUGGUGAUGCAUACCACUCCGCCGCAGUCCUGACUUUCUGCGCACUCCCUAUUCGCCACCAUGGAAAAGCCCUCGGCAAUGUUGAUUGAACAAUUGCAAAACGUCCACGCCCGUCAACGGAAGGUUAUCCAACAACUUCAGGCAGAUAACGCUAGAUUGCUCAGCGAUCUCGUUGAAAUUCGUCGGGAGAGAGACGCUUUCCGGGCGGAGGCUGCGAAGCUUCGCAAGGAGCAGGCAGAACUACACAACCGACUAGAUGAAACGCUCUCAGAGUACCAAGAUUUGAAACGCGAGCGUCUCACUCUUUCCCGUGCAUUCAGCAAUACGUCCUCUUUCGGGCGGCCAUCAAAAGCUAAUAAUAAGCGUUGACAGGAGAUGAAGCGAAGAGCCCAUCUCACGAUUAUAACACAGUCAGUCGUUGAGUCAUUACCCAUCGAAGAAUGAUCCCAUUACUUUUCGCAGGGAAUGACCCACAACAGUCAGAACUCAUAUUCAUAUCGUAAGUUGCCGGAACCCGUCGUAACGGACGAGCCCCAAGUGGAUCAACCUAUUCGCCGAAUUCGCAAGCUGCCUACGACCGUGAUGCCUGUUCCGAGGGUAUCAUUGUACGCACUCGACAUGAAUCGUUGAACAUGGCAUGGAAAUGAGUUUAUACCAUCACGUCAGAACAUCUAACGGAAGGCAGUGCCAAGGAAACCUACUUCCCUCGG